GCCGAUAGCUGGUGUUAUACGGUAAAGAAGGUGCGACGUUCUCUUGGCAGCUGCUCGCCUCUCAGCUCCCCGUUAAACUGCAUGCUUUUCACUUUCCUGGUGUUGGGUCAGUGAUUACUGAGGGAAAAUGGCUGCACUGUUCAGGAGGAUCAUCAGCACAACCAAAGCUCCUGCUGCGAUCGGCCCAUACAGCCAAGCCGUGGUGGUUGAUCGGACCAUGUACAUCUCAGGGCAGCUGGGGAUGGAUCCUGCCAGUGGGCAGCUGGUGGAAGGUGGUGUUCAGGCGCAGACCAGACAGGCUCUUGUGAACAUGGGGGAAAUUCUUAAAGUUGCUGGCUGCAGCUAUGAGAACGUCGUGAAAACCACAGUGCUGUUAGCCGACAUGAACGAUUUUGUAAAAGUCAAUGAUGUUUACAAGCAGUUUUUCAGCAGCAGCUUCCCAGCCCGAGCUGCCUAUCAGGUGGCGGCUCUUCCCAGGGGCGGACUGGUGGAGAUCGAAGCGGUCGCUGUUUUGGGCCCUCUGAGCGAUGCUCCUUAACAAGCGCAUCAAUGAAACGAUGCAAACAACACAGUAGCAGUUUUUCACCCAGUAAAGCACAGAUUAAAUAGACACUAAGUACAACACCCUUACAUUUAUUGAGUCACCUGAAUCGUUUAUUUCAGUAGCUUCAUCUCACUCUGACAAUAUUUGCUACCGUGAGGUUUGGAGAUUUUGUUGCUCCCUUACCAUCGUCCUCUGUGUGCCUGAUGGUAAGCUCAACCCGGGUCCUUAACCAGUAGUUGCUAUCUUGUAGCUUAAUCCUGGCUUAUAAAGAUCAACGCUCAUUUGUCUUGCUAGAAUAAGAUGUUCUCUUGCCUUUCCCACAAGAGAUGUAGGCCUCUGAGUUGCCUAACACUAUGAUCUAAUUAAAACAAUAAAGUUGGCAUUAAAAAACUGUAGUUACAUUUAUUCUUAAAUGAUUUCCAGGAUGGAUCACUGGAUAAAUAAUAAUACAAAAAAACAGUUAAAACAAUAGUAUCUAAAUAAAAAGUUGGGUUUUGCUUAAAUAUUCAGUGGGACGUCAUAGUGCUGAUGUUUCAGGCUUUUCACACAGGCGCUUCCAAUGAAUGUUCAGACUCAUGUAUCUUGGUCCAAUAAAAAGGCCAGUGAGUGAUUUCUGGCUGUUUUAAUGCACUUGCUGCCGGCCCAGGCUUAAAGCGCUUUCUCCUCAUUAACAUUGAUGAGACGUGUUUAGAGACAGCGCUGGAUCUUCAAUCCCCCGCGGCUCCCCUUUCACUUACAAUAGUUGUUUAGCAUCCCGCCCUGUUUGUGCGGCUUAAAUUUCCCCAUCAGCCUCUGUUGUCACCAGCUAGACCCAUGACAUAAUGUAUAUCCUCAGUCAUUAUUGAUGAUGUAACUCAGCAAUAAAUGCUUGUAACUUUUCAA